CAAAUAAACUAAAUGUCAAAAAAAUCCAAUCAACAAUCGAAUACUGCACCAAUACAUUACUAAUAUAUCUAUAUAUAGUAUAUAUAUAUAUAUAAAUAUACACAUGUAUGAAUAGUUGAAAAUGGCCGUAAGCGAAGUGUACACGUGUAUAAAAUAAUGUAAGUGUUUUUAUUAAACAUAAUUUAAAAAUAAUGACUACGAUGAGGAGUCUCGAUCGUUCGAUAAAUUUUUGGUUCGACAUUUUUUUACGCGGACUUCUGGCAUUAUUAAUUGUGACGUUGGAAAAAACAGAACCAUUCAAUCGAAAGAUUCAUGAGGAUGAGCUAUGGCUUUACAAAAAUCCUAAAACAGUUUCCUAUGUGCCAGUAACUGUUCUAUGGCCAGUAGUGUUCAUCGUUCCCAUGGUAGUCAUUUCGGUAUCAUUUCUCAUUAAUAGAAACAAAAUUGAUUUUGCUCAAGGACUGUUGGCACUAACUCUAGCGCUUGGAUUAAAUGGAGUAUUGACAAAUGUUAUUAAAAUAAUUGUAGGUAGACCACGUCCAGAUUUUUUUUGGAGAUGUUUCCCGGAUGGUAUUGCCAAUUUAGAGUUCAAUUGUACAGGAGACUCGCAUGAAAUACGUGAUGGAAAAAAAUCAUUUCCUAGUGGCCACUCGUCAUUCGCAUUCACGAGUUUUGGAUUUGUUGCAUUUUAUUUAGCAGGCAAACUAAAGACGUUUAGUUUGUCUGGUAAAAGUCAUUCCUGGAAACUUUGCAGUUUUUUAUUGCCACUAGGAGUAGCAUUGUGUAUCGCUCUAAGUCGCACGUGUGAUUAUCAUCACCACUGGCAAGAUGUUGUUGUUGGAUCGACAAUUGGAUUUAUUAUUUCAUAUAUGUGUUAUCGUCAUUAUUAUCCAUCACUGGAUUCACACAUGUGUCAUAAACCCUACGCGAUGAUAAUUAAUGAAGGCGAAAUAAAAAGUAUUAAAUCGCGUGAGGAUCAAAUCAAAUGGAUAUAAAUUUAACUAAGUACUUAAAUGAUAUUGAAAGUAGAGACAUAAAAUUUUAAAAAAUAGACAAAUCAUUUAACAAGCCCGCGAUGCAUUUUAAAUUUUUAGUCUGCUACUUUCACUAUCAUCUACUUGAUCGAAUUUAAAAAAAAAAUUUAUUAUGUUUAAGUGCAUUUAAAUGUAUAUUUAGUU